AUGGUGGGGAGAAUAAUCGGUCGGGGUGGGGAGACGAUCAAGGGGCUGCAAGCGUCGUCGGGAGCGCACGUCGCGAUCGAUCAAAACGUCGGCGAGGGCGAACCGAGGAAGAUUACGAUCGCGGGCGCGGCGGCGUGCGUGGACGUCGCGAGCGAGUUGGUGGAGAAUUUGCUCCUGGGCACGGGCGUGGGAGGCGGGUUGUUGGUCACCCCGGGACAGAUCACGCGGUCGAUCGAGUGCCCGAAGGAAUCGGUGGGGAAACUCAUCGGGCGCGGCGGCGAGACGAUUCGCGGGAUACAAACAGCCACCGGCGCGCGCAUGCAAAUCGAUCAGACCCGUCAGCCGUGUCAGGUCAUCCUCGCCGGUUCCGAGGCGUGCGUGGAAGCUGGCGCGCAGGUGGUUCAAGAAAUCAUCGACGGCGGCUCGACGGCGGUGUUUAACGAAAUCGCUCGAGGCGGUCAAGGAUUCGGCGGUCAAGGAUUCGGCGGUCAAGGAUACGGCGCGCAAGCCGCCGGUUGGGGCGCGCCUCAAGCGCAAGCCGCCGCCUACGCCAAUCCCGCGGCGUACGCGCAGCAACAAGCGAUGUACGCGCAAAUGUACGCGCAGCACUACGGGCAGCAGUACGCCGCCGUCGCCCCCGUCGCCGCCGCCAACCCGUGGCGCGCGCUCGACGACGGCAAGGGCAACGUCUACUACUACAACGCCCUCACCGGUGUGUCCCAGUGGGAGAAACCGAGCGAAUUGACUUGA